AUGGUUGGGCAGCACGUCGACUGCCUGGAACGGCGGCGCAAUGCUGUUCUGGGGCUGGGCAUGCACUCGCCACACUCGACUCGUUCGCUUGGCCGCAUUGCCAGCCCCCGGGGCGACGAUUGGAAGACGCUGCUCGUCCUUUUCUCUCUCUCUCUCUCUCUCUCUCUCUUCUCGUCGGCUGUUGCACUGCGCUCCCAUUUCCUUUCCCUUUGCCCGUGCACAAACCCAUCUGCACUGGACCGGCUGUGUUGUGGGGUGAAGUCUGCGAACGCACUCAAACGCUGCCGAAACCCAUUGCUUUGCCCGCCGCCUCCGUCUUCACGCAGCCGCAGCCGCAGCCGCACGCAGCGCAGUAAAGUGCGGUCGUCGCCGCCGCUGCUUCAGCCUUCUUUGCACCCAGCCCGCUUGUUGCCCGCGCCGCCCGCCGCUGCUUGUAUUGUAUUAGGGGGAGAGGGGGCAACCUUACAUAGCAUGUUGACUGCCCCAGCUCCAGCAUCCCCUUCUGUUGCUGCUACAGCACUGCCAACCUCACCGACCACAACCACAACCACAACCACAACCACAACCACAACAGCAACAGCAACAGCAACAGCAACAGCAACAGCAACAACAACAACAACGACGACUUCCCUCUCACGCUCCACCGGCCUGCACAGAGGCAUCAACUUUCUGCGGAACCUGCACCUGCAUUCGCCCACCUCGUCCUCGUCCUCCAACACCACCACCAACACCACCACCCCGCCCGAAGAGGCACGUGAGACACCCAAAACACGGCCACGCGCCUCCACACACACCCCGCCUGCCUCGCCCGUCUUUUCACCGCCCUCGUCGCCCCAACACUUGGUCCCCUCACCACUCUCGAGACGGGUCACCGCCGACGGCCCCCUGCCCUGCCCCUCGUCCAUCGACUCUCCGCCUGCAUCGCCGCCGCCCGAAGCCAGUAGCAUGACUAGGAGUCGCGCAGAAAUGGCUGCGCCGCAGCUCACAGUGCGCAACACCUCCGGUCCCACCCCGACGAUGACGACGACGACAACAGCCGUACCGCCCAUCGCAGAGCUGCCAGAGGGCGCUGCUGACGCUGCUGGUGCGGUCAAGCACCUCCCGUCGAUUCGCUUCAUCCCGCACCAAGACCCCAGAGCCGGCCGGCCCUCGCUGCAGUUCCCCACCAUAACUCGCACCCUGCCCGACGAGAGCGCAGUCAUCCGUGUCGGCCGCUACUCGGAGCGCGACAACCUCCCCGAAAUACCUUCCCAUGUCCCCUCGGCCGCCGCUGUCGGCUUCAAGUCCAAGGUUGUCAGCCGGAAACACUGCGAGCUGUGGUGCAAGGACGGCAGCUGGUAUAUCAAGGACGUCAAGAGCUCGUCGGGCACCUUUUUGAACCAUAUCCGACUCAGUCAGCCAAACGUCGAAUCCAAGCCCUUUAGGAUCAAGGACGGGGACAUCAUCCAGCUGGGCAUCGACUUUAGAGGAGGAGAGGAAAUGAUUUUCCGUUGUGUCAAGAUUCGCGUCGAGUGCAACCGCGGCUGGCAGCAGGGUCUGAACACAUUCAACAAACAAACCCACCAGCGUCUGAGGAAUCUUGCCAAGAGCAAAAAAGAGGGCGAUGCUGCUUCGACACACACGUCCGAGUGCGCCAUCUGUCUCAUGUCAAUAGCACCUUGCCAAUCCCUGUUUGUCGCACCCUGCUCACACGUCUGGCAUUACAAGUGCAUCCGUCCCAUUCUCAACGGGCCCACUUGGCCCAACUUCCUGUGUCCCAACUGCCGCGCCGUAGCCGAUUUAGAAGAAGACGUCGAAGAACCCGACAUGGAGUACUGGGAAGAUGACGGCGAUCAGGCAGACGGCGAGCCCAUGGCCAAAGUCGUCACCCAACUGGGCGACCGCCAAAUCACGCCGCCUUCUUCGCCCUCGCCCCCCAAUGGCAGUACAUCGGAAGACGCUGCCACCACCGACCUCGCCCACCUCAUCUCCAACAUCAACGUCGCCGACGCCUCGGACGAAGGGGCAAGCCAGCCUCUUCCCGAAACCCCAGAUCGCCACCUCACACCCCCCGUCGCCUCUUCUGCAACCCAGCCGCUCACCAUCAACGGAUCCGGCGCAAACGACUACUCGGGCCUCACGCCUUUACACCCAGCCACCCACAACGGACUCGUGCCUGACCGUGCUGCCGACGGGCCCAUGACGCCGCGCAACGACGUGGGCCCUUUUGUCCUCGACGGCAGCGCAGGCCGACCCGGCCCCAAUUGUCUCCCAGACGACGACUCGUCGGAUUCCUCUAGCACGGGCGGCGGCGUGUCCACGCUACCACCGGCAUGA